AUGUGUACGGCGUUGGUAUCGCAAAAGAAAGCACGGUCGGUACGUUUUUGGUUUCAACGUUUUCGUUCUGAAAAUAUCGACCUUCAGAUGCAACCCUGUGGACGGCCGGAGACCAAAGUGGAAAAUGAAGAAUUAAGGGCUAUUGUGGAAAUGGAUUCAUCACAAAACACUUCAGCUGCAGCUGCAGGCUUCGGGCAACUGCAAACCAUGAAGGAAGAACUAGCUGCUAAACAACCGAGAUUGGUCAAUCACUCUAGGCCACUGCUGCUUCACGACAACGCAAGACCACACCCUGCACAACAAACAAGCACUAAGUUAGAUGAGCCACAAUUGGAAUGUCUGCGACAUCCACCGUACGCUCUGGACUUUGUUCGAACAGAUUACCAUUUUUUCCGGAAUUUGGACAACUUCUUACAAGGAAAAAAUCUCAAAUUCGAUGCGGCAGUCCAAACCGCCUUCAAAGAGUUUAUUGACUCUCGCCCCCAUGGUUUUUUUAGUAAAGGGAUCAAGGAACUACUUAUGGGAUGA